AUGUUGCGAACCAUGUGGGGAUGCUGUAUCGUGUUCCUACUGGUCCUCCAGGCCGCGGCUCCCACAGCUGCCUCGCAUUCUCUGAAGGUGGGGUUUUACGAGAAGAGCUGCCCCCAGGCACAGAACGUCGUCAGAGACGUCGUGAGCAACGCCCUCGCCGCCAACAAGGGGAUAGGCGCGGGGCUCAUCAGACUGCACUUCCACGACUGCUUCGUCAGGGUACGCCACCGUCGCUUCUCCUCCUUCGUCCGUCCUUCAUUCAAAAUAGCUAUCAACCGAAGACACUCCCAACAAGAUAAUUUCUUAUAUCAACCGGACUAGUAGACGUCUGACUCGCCUCCGUGAUUCUGCGAACAGGGUUGUGACGCCUCCGUUCUGCUUGAAGGCAGGGACUCGGAGAGGAUGCAUCCGGCCAACUUGAACAGCCUGCGGGGUUUCGAGGUGGUCGAGGGGGCCAAGGAUCUCCUCGAAUCGCAGUGCCCCAACACGGUGUCAUGCGCCGACGUCCUGGCCUUCGCCGCCCGCGACGCCGCGGAAUUAUUAGGCGGUUUCCGCUACAAGGUCCCGGCUGGAAGGCGGGACGGGAGGAUCUCCCGGAACUCCGACGCCGACGUCCUUCCCCCGCCCACCGAUAGUGCCGAGACACUCCGCGACAGAUUCGCGGAGAAGGGGUUAUCGCUAGAAGACAUGGUGGCGCUCUCCGGCGCACACUCUCUCGGCGUCUCCCACUGCCCGUCCUUCUCCACCAGGCUAUACAACUUCAACGCCACCCACCCGCAGGAUCCCUCCAUGGAUGCCGACCUUGCCGACUACCUCAAGAGGCGUUGCCCGCCUCCGGGAACGGACCGCACAACCGUGUCCCUGGACCUCGCCACCCCCAAUCGCCUGGACGUCCAGUACUACAGAAACCUGCAGAGGGGGAGGGGGCUCUUCACCUCCGACCAGACGCUGUGGACCAGCUCUCUGACGGCGGAUAAGGUGGCGUCGUUCGCCGAGAAGCCCAACGGCUGGGCGAAGAAGUACGCGGCCGCCAUGGUGCGGAUGGGUGCCAUCGACGUGCUGACAGGGAACGAGGGCGAGAUCAGGGUCAAGUGCGCUGUGGUCAACGGCCUCUAA